AUGGCGCCUCCCUUGGCCACACUCAGUCACUCCCUUAGUCAUAAUACCUUGGGGAAGACAGAUAUUGCUGUGCAGUCGGUCCUUUUGGCUAUUGUUUUUGUUUCGGUCACUUUGCGACUAUGGUCGCGACGACUGGAGAGAGUUUCGUUGAAGUUGGAUGAUUUGUUGAUUAUAAUUGCGACAUUUCUAAUGGCCGGUCGCUAUGCCGUGGAGAUCAUCAUGGUCGUACUGUGCGGAAUGGGCCUACAUGCUACCGAAGUCGCCGAUAUGGGAGGGGCCGAGGUCUCUAUCCAAUUCAAUGAGCUUACAUAUGCGGGCGAGCUUCUCUGGGUCACUGUGGUUGCCUUGGUUCAGUUGUCGAUUCUCAACUAUUAUGUGCACAACUUUGGUGAGCGCUAUAUCACCUUAUUAUCAUAUGCCAUCAUGGGUCUAUGUUCGGCUCUCUGGGUUGCAGCCUUCUUUGCAACUGCGUUUUUCUGUACUCCACCGAAGAGAAUAUGGCUCGUCGACACCCCAGGUCAUUGUGGUGAUCGCAAAAUGCUGCAUACUGGUGUGCACGCGAGUGAAACAAUUCUCAGCUUCUUUAUUGUCAUCAUUUCUAUUCCUUUGGUAUGGGGUAACCCGUUGUCAAAGACCAGGAAGACUGUACUAGUUUGUAUCCAAUUUCUAGGGCUAGCCAUUAUUUCCAUUAUUGCUGUCCGCACGAAACUCGAGUUCGACCUCAAUCCUGGAGACCCAGCAUAUGGAUCUAUCAGGAAGUCAAUGCUUUCAUGCGUCGCGGCUCUUCUAGGAAUUAUUGCUGCCUGUCUACCAACACUGGAGCCAGUCAUUCGAAAGAUCUUCGGAAUAUCGGCGUCUCCAUCUCCAGUCCAUACCUCGAUAUAUGAUCCCACCUUUGCAAGAUACUGGACGAGUGUGUUUUCGGGUGGGCGGUUGGAGGAACCAGAGAUGCCCCUGGUCACUGUUACUCAGCCUUUCAUGGCCAAGAUGAGCCAUCUUGCUCCCGGACAUAUUCAAGUCACUUCACAUUGGGAGAUUCAUUCGGCGCGGGGCUCGGCGCGACUCGAUAGGUCACCCGUGCGGCAGCCCUAA